AUGGACGGUGGAGACAGCGUCGGAGGAGGAGACGAUCACCACCGUCACCUCCACCACCAUCACCGCCCUACUUUCCCUUUCCAACUCCUCGGAAAACGAGAUCCCGACGACAACCAACAGCAACAACAACAACCUUCUCCUUCUUCCUCCUCCUCUCUCUUCUCCCUCCAUCAACACCAACAAUUAUCCCAAACGCAACCCCAACCUCAACCACAAUCACAGCAAAAGCCACAACAGCAGACAACAACGCAGAAAGAGUUACAAAUAACGCAAGAGGAAUCUGCCGCAGUAGUAGCUAAAAAGCCGCCGUUAAAACGAGCGUCGACGAAAGAUCGACACACGAAAGUAGACGGAAGAGGGAGAAGAAUAAGGAUGCCGGCGUUAUGCGCAGCUAGGGUUUUCCAGCUCACGAGAGAGCUCGGCCAUAAAUCCGAUGGAGAAACCAUCGAGUGGCUUCUUCAACAAGCCGAGCCUUCCGUUAUCGCCGCCACCGGAACAGGAACAAUCCCUGCGAAUUUCACUUCUCUAAACAUCUCCCUCCGUUCUUCAGGCUCAUCCAUGUCUCUCCCUUCUCAUUACCGCAACGCUGCUUCGACUUUUAGCCCUAACAACAUCUUCUCUCCAUCGUUACUUCAGCAGCAACAGCAACAAAGAAGUGGUGGUGGUGCGUUUCUUCAUCAUCAUCCUCUACAGGGACGUGCAACGACGUCGUCUCUGUUUCCCGGUAUCGAUAACUUCACUCCCACGACGUCGUUUUUGAACUUCCAUAAUCCGACAAAGCAAGAAGGAGAUCAAGACUCAGAAGAGUUAAGCUCAGAGAAGAAACGAAGACUUCAAACGACGACGGAUUUGCAUCAACAUCAACAUGAUCAAAUCGGUGGAUAUAGUCUUCAAUCUAGCAACAGUGGAUCCACCGCUACAACCGCGCAAAUACCGGGAAAUUUCUGGAUGGUUGCGGCUGCGGCGGCGGCGGGUGGUGCUGGUGGUAACAACCAAACGGGAGGUUCUGUUGGUAGCGGUGGAGGCGGCGGCGGUGGAGAGCCUGUUUGGACGUUUCCUUCGAUUAACACUGCGGCAGCCGCGUUAUACAGAAGUAGCGUUUCGGGCGUUCCAGGCGGCGCGGUUUCGAGCGGUUUGCAUUUCAUGAAUUUCGCAGCGCCAAUGGCAUUUCUUACUGGACAACAGCUAGCAACAAGUAGUAAUCAUGAGAUCAAUGAAGAUAAUAAUGAAGGAGGAAGAAGUGACGGUGGUGAUCAUAACAGUACACAGAGACAACAUCAUAAUCAUCAUCAUCAUCAUCAACAACAACAUCAUAAUAUUCUCUCCGGUUUAAAUCAGUACGGUCGGCAAGUUUCCGGCGAAUCUCAGGCUAGUGGGUCACUUGGAGAUGAGGAUCCGCAAGAUUAG